AUGAAGGGUGAAGACAUCCUGAACCAGGACACGUUGCGCCCGCGAAACACCUCUGCGGAGGUGCUGAGGAAGGAGGAACCGAAGGGCGAUGGAAAGCCACAGUCCGGAAACUUCUUUGGCUUGGAAUGGGACAAGCCUGGAAGCAGCAGCCCUUGGCCAACCUUCGAUCAAUUCCCGGAACACCUACGAGUGGGUCCGUGGUCUUACUCGGCCUACAUUUUCCUGGUGGCCUUCGUGGGUUUCGUCGCGGUGUCGGCCUCCUGGGCUUACGAUGAUCUCUCAAAGCUCAGCGAUGCUGCGCCGGCGAGCUUUCGGAUUCGGAUGUUGCAUGGUGCAGGUGCCAUCUAUAUGACAGCUAUCAUCGCCUACACUCUCAGAACCACCGGGUUGUGGCCCUUCGUGAGCUACACGGCCAUUUCCUAUGGCCUGCUCACCCUUCGCUUCACCUUCAUUUCCUUGGGCCUUCUGACUGCAGCGGAGAUCUUGCGUUUCCCGGUUGUGGCCAUGGCGACUGUGACCAGCACAGUUUGGUGGCUGGUUCUGUUUCCGAUCAUCCUUGCCGCCGCGGCAGCGGAAAACAGGCGGGCAUUCCUGAGGAUGAACUUCAGCGUUUUUCUGCUGAACAUGCACCUUCUCAAUCUGCCAAUGGCGCUGGCUAGCCAGUGGAGCUACUCUCGAGCUCUGUGCUUCCUGGACUUUUGGGUGGCCGCGGUUGUUGCCAUGCUCUACCUGUUUUUCUAUCUUCUGGUCAUGGAUGCAAAUGGACUGCAUCUCUACAUCAUUCUGAGCCCCCGACCCUGGUGGUGCAUCGUAUCCUAUGGUGGCAUCCUGCUACUCUACGCACAGCUUCAUCGAUUUUUCGGAUCUUGA